CGGCGCGGGGGUGGCCGGGCUGCAGCCGCCUCCUUGGGCCGAGACCACUUGGAUCUACCACGACGGCGAGGACACCAAGAUGAUCGUGGGGGAGGAGAAGAAGUUCCUGCUGCCCUUCUGGCUGCAGGUGAUCUUCAUCUCGCUGCUCCUGUGCCUGUCCGGCAUGUUCAGCGGCCUCAACCUGGGGCUCAUGGCCCUGGACCCGAUGGAGCUGCGCAUCGUGCAGAACUGCGGCACCGAGAAGGAGAAGAACUAUGCCAAGCGCAUCGAGCCCGUGCGAAGGCAGGGCAACUACCUGCUGUGCUCGCUGCUGCUGGGCAACGUGCUGGUCAACACCACGCUCACCAUCCUGCUAGACGACAUCGCAGGCUCGGGCCUUGUGGCGGUGGUGGUCUCCACCAUCGGCAUCGUCAUCUUCGGGGAGAUCGUCCCGCAGGCCAUCUGCUCCCGCCACGGCCUGGCCGUGGGGGCCAACACCAUCUUCCUCACCAAGUUCUUCAUGAUGAUGACCUUCCCCGCGUCUUACCCGGUCAGCAAGCUGCUGGACUGCGUCCUGGGCCAGGAGAUAGGCACGGUCUACAACCGUGAGAAGCUGCUAGAGAUGCUCCGGGUGACUGACCCCUACAACGAUCUCGUUAAGGAGGAGCUGAACAUAAUCCAAGGGGCCCUGGAGCUCCGCACCAAGACGGUGGAGGACGUGAUGACUCCCCUCCGGGACUGCUUCAUGAUCACCGGCGAGGCCAUCCUGGACUUCAACACCAUGUCGGAAAUCAUGGAGAGUGGCUACACGCGCAUUCCAGUGUUUGAGGGAGAGCGCUCCAACAUCGUGGACCUGCUCUUUGUCAAGGACUUGGCCUUCGUGGACCCGGAUGACUGUACUCCCUUAAAAACCAUCACCAAGUUUUAUAACCACCCCUUACACUUCGUUUUCAACGACACCAAGUUAGACGCGAUGCUGGAAGAAUUUAAGAAAGGUAAAUCUCACCUGGCUAUUGUACAGCGGGUAAACAAUGAGGGAGAAGGAGAUCCAUUUUAUGAAGUUCUUGGAAUUGUCACCUUAGAAGAUGUGAUUGAAGAAAUCAUCAAAUCUGAGAUUCUAGAUGAAACAGACUUAUACACCGAUAACAGAACAAAAAAGAAAGUGGCCCACCGAGAAAGAAAGCAAGAUUUUUCUGCCUUUAAGCAAACAGACAGCGAGAUGAAGGUUAAAAUCUCCCCGCAGCUUCUCCUGGCCAUGCACCGUUUCCUAGCAACAGAAGUAGAAGCAUUUAGCCCGUCCCAGAUGUCAGAGAAGAUCCUUCUAAGACUGCUAAAGCACCCCAAUGUCAUCCAGGAGCUGAAGUAUGACGAGAAGAACAAGAAAGCCCCAGAGUACUACCUCUACCAGCGAAACAAGCCCGUAGACUACUUCGUCCUCAUUCUGCAGGGGAAAGUGGAAGUGGAAGCUGGGAAAGAAGGCAUGAAGUUUGAAGCGAGCGCUUUCUCAUACUACGGUGUGAUGGCCCUCACAGCCUCCCCAGUUCCUUUGUCCCUGUCUCGUACCUUUGUUGUCAGCAGAACAGAGUUGUUAGCAGCAGGCUCUCCAGGUGAGAAUAAGUCACCCCCGCGCCCGUGCGGCCUGAAUCACUCGGAGUCCCUCAGUCGUGGUGAGCGGCUCGACGCGGUGACGCCGACGCUGGGCAGCAGCAAUAACCAGCUCAACUCCUCCUUCCUGCAAGUCUACAUCCCCGACUACUCGGUGCGGGCCCUCUCGGACCUGCAGUUCGUCAAGAUCUCCAGGCAGCAAUACCAAAAUGCCUUGAUGGCAUCGCGCAUGGACAAAACCCCUCCGUCGUCGGACGGUGAGAACGCUAAGAUCGAAUUGACUCUCACGGAGCUGCACGACGGCUUGCCGGACGAGACAGCCAACCUGCUCACCGAGCAGAACUGCGUGGUGCACGGCAAGGCCAACCACAGCCUGCACGGGGAGGGCGCCAUCUAGGCCGGCGGUGUGGGCCGACCCGCGUCCACGACCUUCUGAGACCAAAGACUUUGUCCCUUCCCGGAAGCGCGGAGCAAGGAGGGAGGCGUGCGAGGCCGAGGGACGGUGCCGGAGACCGGAGAUGACUUCCACCCAAAUAGAAUCACGUUUAUUUUUUCAGCUGUACCUUUAUCAUUACUCAUUCUCCUCCCUCAAUGUGCAUGAAGCUGAAAAUUGUCGCGAUUUAUUUUUCCAAGAGAUCAUGUUUUUUAAAAGUGUCUUUUGCAGAGUUGUAAGUGGUUCUCUCUCAACUCUGCUGUGCUUUGUGACGUGAACCCUGAGCGGAUGGACUCGGGCGCCUUCCUCUGCCCGCAGUUGCUGCUGCGAACUUGAGGACGGUGAGGGGGACCCAGGGUCGUGCCGUGGGGGGGGCCGCUGAGUUGUGUCAUCUUGCAAUUUGGUUUAACUGCGUCCCUUUCCCUCAGGGAGGGUUAUUUGCUUGGGAAUGUGAAUUUUGCUCCCACCGUAAGCAAUUUUUAUCACCAAAAUGAAUGUUAAUGAAUUUUAAGCUCAUGGUUUAUCAUUGGCAAGAGGCAAGUUGACUGCACCCUGCCAUUCCUGGCCACCCUGGCCCCUGACGCCCCUUCCUAUGACCGUGGGUGGGGGCCACGCUGCUGCCCAGUGUAGGCAGCCAGCAGAUGGGGUGCCUUUCUAGACCCACCUUUCUAAGGAGGGAACUUUGGGGAUCGCCAGGCCCAGGUCCAGCUGUGUUCCCUGCCUUUCAGGCCGGCUCAGCUUGGCCCCAGACGGGGACUCAGAAACCAUAUGUGUGCUGUGGCCGCGUCAUGUGUCUGUCCUCUUUUCAUACCAAAUUCACCAUGUGUUUUGACGUUAAUGUCGCAGGUGUCCUUGUGUGACUGAAUUGUUGACUGGAUUACCUGGGUGUCGGGUGUUAUCUGGAGGCCUUGUGCAUCUCGCUGGCAGCUCUCACCUGCUGAGAGUUCCCGUCACCUGCCUGCAGGGAUUGUCCCUGCCCACUGUGCCACCACUGGCAGAGAAGAGUUUCUGCCUGUGUGUGGGCCCUGGGCUCAGCAGUUCUGGGGCGUGACAUGUUGGGCUGGCUUUCUGCUGAGCAGUGGGACAGCCCUGGAGUGUCUUCCUCCGGCCGGGCUGUGUCCCCAUCCGGCACUGCGGGAAGGAGCCCCCCUGUGGCAUGACCUUAGUGGAACCCCACGUCAGCUCCCCCCUUUAAAGUGCACCCAGCUGAACACAGCACCGGCGUGCCACAUGUACGAUGUCGAGUGCCCCUGCGCGGUGAGCCUGGGCCUGCCGGGCAUGAUUCCCCCCCACACACUGCCACCUCGUGUGGAGGCCGGGCCCAGGGCCUGGAGGAGCAGCCGCCUUGCUGCACUGGGUCUGCGGGUCCUGUGUGGGUGCCUUGGGCGAGAGUCUGUGGGGCACAGAGGCAGUGCCAAGCCGAGCCUUCCCUGCCAUCACCCGCUGAGGGAGGUGGCUUCUGGCCGAGUCCUCAGGAGCUAGCAGGGUGGCUCUGCGGGGGCUCCCGAAGCGCACCAUGUUUGAACUCUUCUGUUAACUUAUGGCUCUUUACCUUUGACGAUUCAUACUGUUUUAUAACUACACGGCAUCCAGGACUAGGUCCUGCCUGGUCCCUGGCAGAACAGAUGUCAACAUCUUCCCGUCAUACAAGGCCCCAGCUGAGUGACAGCUUCUUCCUCCAGCCUCACUGGCCCUCCGUGCUGGGCCGCGCUUUUCUGGGCUGGAGGAGCUGGGUCUUGGCUGUGAAGGCCCAGCCACUGUACAGCAAAGCCAGGGGCUCAGACGAGGCAAGACAGCAGGUAGCUGGGAUCUUGGUGUGGCGACUCUGGCUGGGUGCUCCUCCCCUCGGGCUGCUGUCUGGCUGUGCAGGGGCUGUGGGUGUUGAGCUGGGGAGACGGCUGCCGCCAGGGCUUCACCUCCUCCCAGUGGUUUCUCUCAGUCCACUGCCCUGGCACUCUGAAGGCACCACCGGAACUGGAUUCCUAGUAUCUGAAUGUUCCCGGACACUUUGCCUUCUCUGUAGACAAGGCUUUUUCCUCCUGUCUUAGCGGUUCCUUCCUUUCAUUGUUCUGUAUUUAUCAGGCAAGUCCAAAAUCAUAUAUUUAAAAACUCUUGGGAAAACAGAACCCUAUGAUUUGUGCGUGGAUACUGGGAAUCGAGUCAACUAGCUUAAACCUUGGUUCUUAAAUAAUUUGAAAAGAUGCCACAGGCAAGUGGGCUCAUCCUCCUGCCUCUCCUCGCUCCCUGCAAGCUCAGUGUGUGUGGACACAGGCAUAGCUGCUCCCUGGCAGGAGUGGGCAUUUGCUACUGCUGUCUCAUGGCAUUUCGAGGAACUUGUGCAAAUCAGUAAGUGUGAAAUGCAGAGCACUAACGUGAAUGGAUUUAACCUGCUAACCCCAUUCCAUGCAGUUAAGGGACCAGCUUCUCCAAGUCUAGGAAGAUAACGGUAGACUGGAAGAGAAACCCAUUUUCCCCAGGAAGUGGAAGAACAGGAUUUUGAGCUAAGUAGGGACCUUACACUCCUGUUCUCAAAUUCUGGAGGCGCUCUUUGUUGAGCCUAGGUUCUGGCUAGGAAAAACACUGCUGGCCCUGACAUCUUGUGAAGGCCCAGGCCCAGGGAGUGAGGUCUCCCCAGAACUCUGAUCCCAGGCAGAUGACUCCCCAACAGUGGUGCGGGAAGGUGCUGCCCUCCCUGGGCCUCACACAUGGCACCGCGGGACCUGAGGCCCCUGCUCGUGUUCUGGACGCUGGCGAGGGAGCCGGCAGCCCUUUCCUGACUGAGGAGACUGGCUGUCCCCUGGGCUCUCUGUGCCUCCCUUCUGGGCUGCAGUGCUUCUGCCCUGUAAGGGUAACUGGGCGGGUUGUUGGUGAACCCAGAGCUAGGAAGGACUUAAGAGUUGAAUACGAAAGUAGACUUGGGAUUCUGAGGCUUUUCUGAUACAGACUUAACAAAAGUGAUCUACUCAGUGGACUUUCAUACCUCAGGGCUGUGUUAACUUCUGUUUGAGUGAGCUGACGAGAGAGAGGUCUGGAAGUGUCAGGGGUGUGAGGUUCACCACCUCCCUCUGAGGUUGAGUGGCGCUGAGACCCGGCACACUGAUAAAGCACUGUCCUUCAUGGCGGUGACAAGUAGGUCUUCCCUCAGGAGCUGCCUACUUUCUGCCUGCAGCCAGUGCUUACUUGCAAGUUUUUCCUCUGCAGCUUCCUUUAUCUGAAAUCUCCCAUUCCAGAUUCUCUGGUCAGCUGUGGGACAAGAGGAGAUGGUGUUCACAACUACUGCAGAGUGGAAGCAGCCUUUCUCCCACUGCCUCAGCUGGGGACCUCUGUUGCUUACAGUCCGACCGGCUUAGUUCAAGUAACCUUCCCCUGAUGCAGAACCACUAUCAUUGCAACCAGACACAUCUUAAGCUUGUUUUGAUGGGGAGUUCCAAGUGGUACUUUAAACAUGGAACCAGAGGCCUUAGUGGCAAGAGUCAAGUUGUAGGUGUUUCUGUUCGAAGCUUUACACAGAUCCGGUACACACAGCAAGAAAGCUUUGCACACACAGACGCGUGUUCAGGAGUCAGUGCCCACUGAGACCAGGUACAUGUUGGAUGGCUGACCGGGGGUGUUGUCUUGCUUCACCUGGGGGUACCUUCUGGUGUUUGCCCAUAUGAUCAAGGUGGUUUCCUUCACUUGGGAAGAUACAUCCCGAAGAGAACUAUCACGUGGGUCUGAUGGUCUUCGGUGAUCUGCCCUCUUUCUUGGAGCCUCAGGCCCUUUGAGUAUCACAAACAGCUGGUGUCCCAGCCCUCAGAGCAGAGGGAAGUGGGGAAGGUGAGGUCUUACGCUUCUCACUCCCCAGAGUAACCCCCCUCCCUAACUUCUGAUUCAUUACUUUCUACGUCUGAUGUCUGGAAGGUGGAGUGUAUCAGUCCAUUGACUUGUUUUUGCAGUCCUUUAAUUUCACAAAUGUAUAUGCUUUAUUUUAUAUUAUUUAUUAUGUACAUAUGCCUCUACUGUUAGUCCAUCGUCUGUAACUAAAGCCCCUCAUCCAUGGACCCUAGGGUUCUCUUGUCCCUUAAGUUGGGUGAGAAGGCAAUGGUUUGUUGUUUUGUUAAAAAACACAUUGCUGCUCUUAAGUUGGCCCUACCAUCCCAGCCCCUUCUAUUGGGUCCACCUCUUCUGGAGAGCCAGGUCUCCUACCUUGUGGCAGGGGCUCGCAAGUCCCCCCAUGAAGUCCUGAGGGAGGUGCCUUUGGGGGCUGGUCUCCUCCUGUGCAGUGGUACAGCAUGGCUGAGACACAGCCUCUUUCCCCUCUCCCUCCCACCUCCCAAGACAGGUUAAUUGCCUGGCUGCACAGUGACGGCCUCUACCUACACCCUGGAUUGCAGAAUCCAUCUCUAGACUGGAAGCCCAUGGGCUGUCCCUAUGCCUUGCCUUGGCUUGAGACCCAGUGCCAACAUUGCCUUGGCCCUCCCGUAAACCCCUGCUCCGUGUCUUUGUCCUCCUCAGCCUUUAGCCACUGUCAUGGUGUACACUUCAUGCCUUGAGCAGUGACGGUUUUCUGAGCACAGCACUCAGAAAGGUAUGAAGUGAAAUAAGCACAAGUCAAGUGUAUAGGGUUCAAGUGCUGAUUGUCAUAAUGCAUUUUAUAAUUCAAAUGAUGUUGUAGAUUUACAAUCUAUUUAUUUUGUACCAAUUUAUUUGUAAAUUUUGUGAUUGUUUAAAAAAGGUUUUUGUUUAUUUCUAUUAUUCUAUUUAGAUAAAUGAUUUUCUGUUCACCCUUCUAGACGUGUGUUCCCUCCUUCCCCUUUCAUCUGUACAACACGUCAUGCCAUCUUGUCCAGUCUUGGCUUCUGCCCAACUGCAUGACUACCUACUGCUGGGGAAGCUGGAGUGGAGCUCAGCAAGGUUGCACAGCAGGGCAUCUCUGGACAAGACAUUGUCUCGUGUUGACAGAGAAAUGGCUGCAAGUUCAGUGCCAGGUUGACUGAUACAAGCCACCUCUGGGGGAUGUGGGUCGGUUCCCCAUCAGUUAACCCUUAGGUUUGGAUACUUAUGUGAGUAUGCAGCCAGCUUGCCUAGACACUGGCUGCUCGGCCACCCGCAGUGUACAAUUCAGCUGGGCAAAUGACCACACUUGUAUUUUCCUAGACAAGCUUCAUGCAGGCCUUUCUUGGGCUCUUGCAAGCAAGAAUAGCUUUGUUAGGUCUUCCCGCAUCACAGCUCUAAGGUGGGAGUCGGCAUGGAUGGGUCACCUGAGAAUUAAACACUGGGUGUGUGUGGAACAUGUUCAGAUGCUUGGGAGGACCCUGUGGAAGCCCCCAGCAAUCCAUUUAUGAUCCUCAUCGCUACUUGAGGUCUUCUGUCCCUCAUCCUGUGGACAUGGCUGUCCCUUCAGGUCUUCCCGUUGGGCUUCAGGGCCCCUCUGAUCCAUUCCUAGGCCAUAUUCUUUCUGGAAUCCUUUUCUCCCCCUCCUGAUUUUAUCUGACAUUUGAAAGAUGGUCAUGCUCUGAGAAUUGAGACUUCUCGACUCAUCUUGUGUAGUUCCCCACUGUAUUUAACCAUGCCAUUGGCACUCCACUUUCCUUACCCGUCCUGUGGAUGGGAACAUUUGUGAAGACCUGUCCACAAGAUUAGCCCUGCAGCACUGACCUACCCACCAUCUCGCCUCCCCAGUUGCUGCCCAUUUCCUGGGAGUAGCAGGAGGUGUCCCAGUGAAGUGCUGUCCUCCUGCGAGCCUCUCUGCUUUCCUGCCAGCAGGACAAAUACUCAUCAGUCUUACAGAGAAAGUGAGAAAUACAAGCUGACCUUUUUAUAGCCUGGAACUGAUUUGUGGAACUUUUAUAAAAAUUUCUGAGGGUAAAUAGUCUGAUUUCUUAUUAAAGCCCAAAGUUGGAUCAGAUGGCUAAUAAACUCUUUGG